GUGUGGUUGGUGUCAUCUUUCUAUUAUAUUUUCUUUAACUAUUACAUUAUUUUUAUUGUAUAGUUUUACGCCUAGCGAUCAUGUGGUAUUUAUUUAUUUAGUUAAAUGAUUAUGAUUUACAAGUUUGUGUCGGUUGUGUGAUAGUGCUAUCGUUGUCAAGCUCAGCUGGUCCGACGAGCGGUAAAAUUUCGCAUGUUUUUCUUAAGUCACGGAUAUCACUUAUUAUGCUCUAUUUCCUGACUCAAGCCGAAUACAAAGCUGAACGGGUGAUAUCAUAAUAUGGAUACCGAAAGUAUCGUUUGAUAUAUAAAAAAGUGAAAAGUGAAUCAAGAUGAACAACAAAUCAGAAGUUUUUGUGGAUCCAUCCCACCCUCCGCCGCCAUCGUCGACAUCGUCAGAUGGUGCUUCCACAGUCAGCACCACAGCUUCAACCAUACCAAGAUCGGAUUCAGUCAGACCUACAACUUUCAGUAAACCAUCAGGACUCAAACCUCCUUCUAAGAUUGGAAGAUUAUGUUCUAAUGCAGCCCCCAAGCCGGCUAUACCGAUUUCACCAAGAAGUGACGGCAGCUCUUCGGACACAUUGAGAAAGUUAAGCGAGGACUCUUCGAGAAAACAUUUAUCUGAUUUAAUCGAAGCUGAGGAGGACGAGGUUAGCAGCAGCCUUCCGGAGAGACGACGGUCCUAUCGCAGAGUAUCCACUAGCAGCAGAUCGAGUGUUACUUCGAUGGAUACGCUUUGGGAGAAAUAUCCGCGUCGUCUCAGCGAAGCAGGCCUUAGACGGUCCUCAGAUCACAGUGUCGUAUUGACUGAAGACACUGACAGUUUUAUAAUCGGGGAACGUGUUUGGGUCGGCGGAACUAAACCGGGGUUGAUAGCUUAUAUCGGUGAGACACAGUUCGCUCCCGGCGAAUGGGCGGGCAUUGUUCUCGAUGAUCCUAUAGGUAAAAACGACGGAUCCGUCGCUGGAGUCCGUUACUUCCAGUGUCCUGAAAAACGUGGAGUUUUCUCUCGACUCACAAGAUUGACCAGGGAACCCUUGGCAUCCCACGGACCGCACGAUGCCUCUCCCAUAUCUGAUGCUGGGAGCGUAUUUGAACGACCGCCCUCUGGAUCUGCUAGACCAAGACGUGCACAUUCUCCAAACGGCAGUGUACGAAGCAUGGUCAGCAGUAAGAUGAAUGCUUCUAUUUCAACAACUACCAAUGGAGACCUCCGUCUUGGCGAUCGUGUCAUAGUAUCUAGUAGCCGGGGAAGCAAAGCCGGUACUUUACGUUUUGUAGGACCUACCGAAUUUGCUUCCGGUGUAUGGGGAGGCGUUGAACUCGAUGAUCCUUUAGGGAAGAACGAUGGUUCCGUCGAUGGAAAGAGGUACUUCGAGUGCUCGCCGCGUUUCGGUCUCUUCGCCCCGAUAUCGAAGGUGUCCCGUUCUCCAUCAAACCGCAAGCCAGGUUCCUGUGCGAUUCACAGCAACGGUCGCGCGACACCGCUCAGACGCUCCAACUCUCGCGAGUCGCUCACAUCUCUCGGGACAUCGAUCGCGUCUUCCCGCGCGGGGGUGAGGCUCGGGGUGACGUCACUGGGCGCUCAGAGGGCCGGUCCACGCGCUACCUCAACCCCGGUGUCGGCGAAGAACGCGCUGCAGGAAUUAUUACGAGAGAAGCAAAUGCAUUUGGAAAAGUUAAUGCGGGAAAGAGAGUUGGAAAGGGCAGAGGUCGCAAAAGUAUCGAUACAAGCCGAUCGAUCCGAGACUGCAUUAGCACAGAUUAAAAAGGAAGCGACGCACAUAAACAACGAGAAUGCGAAACUCAAAGCUGAACUGGACAAACUUAACAAAAUGUUGGAGGAUGAACGGCAGAAGGUCGAAGAUCUCAUGUUUAGGAACGAAGAAGAAAAUAUCAACAAGGAAGACUAUAAUAAAUACAAAGAGUCGAUGGAGAUUGAAAAAUUGGAACGUGAAAAACUUAUACGAGAUCUCGAAGCGGAGGUGGCGCUUCAAGCGGCCCGAGCUGAAACUACGGCAGCGACUUUACGGGUAUUAGAAGAUCAAAGAAGCGCUGAAAUGAGCGCUUUAGCUGAACAACAUAAAGAAGAAUUGGUAGCUGCACAAACUUUAUCAUCAGAACUGCAAAAACUCCUGGAUGAAGCAUAUGCAUUGCUUCAAGAAAAAGAAUCUGAAAAGGAUUCUCUUGGUAAGAGCUUGUCGGAGGAGCUUUCUAAAGUCAAGAUAGAAUCAGAGAGAGCUUUGAACGAAGCUAGAACUAAACUGGCCAUAGCUCAGACUGAGUUUGAAACACAAGUCUCAGUUAUGAACGCCAAGCUGCAGUUGGCUGAAUCAAAACUGGAGACGGAGAAACAAAACGUGGAGAGGUUAAAUAAAGACAGUAGCGAGAUUGUUAUAGACUUGAAUAAUAAACUGAUCGCUCUACAAGCUAUGGUCGACGACAAAACAUUGGAAUUCAAUAAAGUAACUGGCGCGAGCAAAGAACACGAAGUUAACUUAAACAAGGAAAUAACGAAACUGAAAAUGGAACUCAGCGCUAAAAUUCUUGACUUGGAGCAGUUAGAAGACGCGAAGAAGAAACAGGAAACGCUUUAUAAAGCACUCGAAGACGAAGCCAAACGUGUCCAAGACGAACUUUCAAGUAAGGUCAGCGAAUAUGAAAGCAUUUUGAACGAAGCGUCACAGAAGGAAGAAAAUAGUAAAUCCGAGAUCAUGAAACUACAACAGGAACUUAACACAAAAACCAAAGACUAUGAGAAACUGCGCAAUGAAACGAGCCAAUCAAUAAACGCUAACGAGAAGCUUAUAGACGAACACAAACAAACAAUUCAUGAGAGAGAUAAAGAAAUUAUUAAAUUAAAAGAUGAGUACGAAAAUAUGACAGCAAGUUUUAACAUCAAACACACUAAGAUAGCCGAGGAACAUAAGAAAGAAAUUGAAAAUCGCAAUAGCAUCGAAGAACUGACUAAGGAGAUAGAAAAUCAUAAACAGGCUUUAAAUCAAAGCAAAAUUGAACUCGACACUUUGAAUACGCAGUUCACGUUGAAUAAUGACGAACUAAACGCGCUCAAGGAAGAAAAUAUGAAAUUAAAACAAUCGCUCAACGAACUCACGAACGCGAACACAGAACUCAAAUCACAGAUUGCCAAAAUGGAGCUCGAAAUCGGUGAAUAUAAACGUCAACUCGCCAGCUCCAUAGAACGCUGUGAGGAAAUCAAAAUCCAAGAGACGAUCGAAACAGAGUACAUGAAUCUCACUGGACAGACGACGGAUUCUAACGAACAAUUCAAUAAGCUCUCCCAGCAUCUUAAGAACACGGAAAAUGAACUUCAAGCUAUGAAAGAUAAAUACAGAGAUGCCUCCAACAGCUGCGGAAGAAUUGAACAAGAAUUUAAACAAAAAAUAUUUAAACUACAAGAAAACUUCGCAAUGGAAAGAGGUCAGUUGGUCAAUUCCAUCGACGAUUACGUUCAGAAACUGAAUGCGUCGGAAAAUAAGAUAAAAGAAUUUGAAGUUUUAAUCAAUGAAGCGACUAACCGUUUACAUGAAUUCGAAAAUCAAAAUGAUAAAUUACUAGACGAAAACAUGAUAUUGAAAACUGAAAUAGAAAAUCUUAGAAUUAGAGAGCAAGAAAUAAACAACGAACACGACGCUGUACGCAAGAAUAUAGAGAUUGAACUUGAAAAACAUAAGGAGGAAAUAACCGCACUGAAAGCUGAUGGGGCGACGUCUGAAGUAAAGUUAAUGGAAAAAGUAGACCAAUUGACUGAGGCACAGAAUGAUUUGAAUAAUAAACUGGAAGAAGCUCGCAAACAUGAAGAUUCCUUGCAAAAACUCUUAGAGGAUAUGACCACGCAAGUCGAUAACCAAAAACAUCAGUAUGAGAAGGAGGUCAAUAACCUGCAAGAGCAAUUAGUAUCAGUUAACGAAACACUGAACGCGCAGAAACAGAGUGAGUCACAAUUGAAACAGGCUCUCGAAGACAAACAGAACGCUAUUAAAGAAUUUUUAAAAGUUGAGAUGUUAGAAGUGGAUGUUAGAUCGAAUUGUGAAAUUAUAAACGAAAAAAAUAAUCAACUUUCUCAAGCUAAUGAGGAGCUGAAUAAAAUGACAGAUUUGAAGAAUAAAAUCGAAGAGCAGCUAAAUUCAUCUCUACUGGAGGCGUCGAAAUUUAAACAACAAUACGAAACGCUGUUACAUAAUUCAACGGCUGGAGAGUCACUGCUGAAGGAGCAGCUCGACCAGUUAGAGUCGGUUAAAACUCAGUUAGGGUCCAUAUCUAAUGAGAAGACUUUACUAGAAGAGAAAUAUAACGAAACCUGUAAAGAAGUUGCAAAUUUGAGAAACGAGCUCGAAGAUACUGGCAAGAAUUUAAAAGAUAACCUUGAAAUAAUCAUAGAACUGAAAAGAGAUCUUAGUGAAAAGGAACUCGUCAUCAGGUCACAGAACGAGAAAAAUGACACUUGUAAUAACAAAAGCCAACUAUUGACAGAAGAUAUAUUAAAACUACAAGAGGAAGUUAACAAUAAAAACAACCUGUUGGAACAAAAACAGAAAGAAUUAACGGUCCUUAAUGAAACUUUGCUGUUGGAAACUAAGAAAACACAAGAAACUAUUCGACGUUUAGAAAACGAAGGAACUGAAUUAAAAUCGAAGUAUGCGAGUGAAACUGAAUCAUUAAACAAUACUAUCAAAACAUUACAACAUCAACUAGACGCACAGCAACAGCUGCUCGGAGAACUUCAAAGUUCAAAAGAAAAAGUUAGUGAUUUGGAACAGUUGCUGUCCAAAUCCGAAAACGACAUAAAAAAACUUACAAACAUCAACGAAGCCCAGAAAGUGAAUUACGAAGAUCUCAAUAAACAAUUACAGAAACAAUAUGACGAUUACAAAAAAGAUAGCAAAGCUAUAAGAAACGAUCUGAAGAAUAAAAUUAAUGAUUAUGAGAAACAACUACAAGAUUCAAAAGACAGAGUGGCGUCGGAACUAGACGAACAGAAUAAACUCCGAGAGAAACUUGUUGAGGCCGACAACAAACUGUUGGAUUUAUCACAAAAGCUCGAACUGAUAUCCGUUCAGCAAAGUAAUAAUGAGAGCAAAGACGAAAGAUUAGAAAAACUGACUUUGGAACUGCAGGAAACGAGAAGAAAUGGAGCCGAGGCGUUAGCGAAUAGUGAAAAAACGAUUGCCAAAUUAAGAGUAGACAUUGAAAAUAGCAUUAGAGAUAUUAACGUUAAGGAUAAUCAAAUAAAGCAAUUGCUGGAAGAUUUGAAGACUCAGAAGGCAAAGGUGGAAAUAGCAGAAAGAGAGAAGGUCAUUUUGCAAAAAGAAAUGGUACAGAAGAGUAAAGACGUAAGAGACAAAAACGAUAAUGCAGCGGGUCUCUUGGGACAGGGCGAUACAGCUCAACAAAAGGCUGAUGAUAAAGAAGUUAUAGACGGACAGGUGAGCUUCUUGAACUCUGUGAUAGUAGACAUGCAACGAAAGAACGAACAGUUGACGGCGCGCGUGCAAGCCCUAGAGGGAGCCACGGUCGCCCCUGAGCCGCCAUUGUUUAACGGUCGCAAGACUCGUGCGCCGCGACUGUUCUGCGACAUCUGUGACGUGUUCGACGCUCACGACACAGACGACUGUCCGCGACAGUCCGCCGAGCCUACCCUCCCCACGGAGCGCAAACCUCCGCCUCCGCCGAGACCCUACUGCGAUAUAUGUGAAGUAUUCGGCCACAACACGGAGAACUGUGAUGAAGAAGAGACAUUUUAAUAGCUAUUUAUUGUAUUUAGUUUAAUCUAUUAUUACCAUUGUUGCUGUUACUUGUUUCUCUUGCGUAUUAUUUAUUAUACCAUGGAAAUGGUAGUCCCGUUUUGUUAGGUUAUAAUAAUAGUAGAAAAAUAUUUGUAAAUAAGUACUCUUUUGUUAUUGUUUUAUCGUGUUUUAAGUUCAUCGAGGGAUGGUAUUGAUUUUUCUUGUGCAUUGUCUGGUUAUAAUGCAUAAAGAGAAAUAGGCUAAUAAUCAGACACAGAUCGAUUUGCAUCACAGUCACAGUUUUAAACAUGGUUCGUCUUAAUCACACACCAACUUUUAUUUUAUAUUUUAGUAAGGGAACACCAAAUUAAAAUUUUAUAAAAUCAAUAAAAUGAUUAAAAUUA